CCAUAGCCGCACAACAAAACCUCUGUUGCCUAUCAAAUACCCUAUACAUAGUUAGGUAGGAUACAUACCCCGAACAACGCCCCGUGGGGCGAAAACUUACUUCUGCCACAAGCUUCAGCUGCAGCACACUUAGCGAGUGAAACCAAAUGUAGGGGAGGAUUUCGCCGAAUCCCUUGCCUUUAUUUGCCCCAAACACCGGUUUGCCCCCCUAUUUGAGAUCGGCGACGAUGUGGAGGAAUGUACGCGUUUAUCACGUUCAUUAUCCGACCUCCCCUUUUCAACGGAUUACAAGGGACCUUUUUUCCCGCCCUUUUUUUACGCCUUGUUAUAAGAGAACGCCCGUCUAGAACGCACUGGACCGCGGUAAUGGCAUCUCAGAGGAUUCCGAAUCAGAGGGUCUCGGGUUUUGAGAUCCGAGAACGCGUAAGUGUGUAUAUGAGUGGAUAA